AACCCCUCUAUCUGAUCCAGACCAAACACACCAAACCAUUAAGAACUCUUAAAAUCAGAGGCCCCUCACCUCAUUCAUUAUCUUGAACCAAAGCCAUGGCUAAGCUUGUUUGUGUUCUGUUUCUAGCACUCCUUUGCAUUGCCAUGAUCACAACUCAGGUUAUGGCUAAAGAUGCAGCUCAGUAUGGCAGUGGGAAUUAUGGACCUGGGAGUCUACAAAGUUACCAGUGUCCAUCUCAAUGCACAAGAAGAUGUGGACAGACACAAUAUCACAAGCCAUGCAUGUUCUUCUGUCAAAAAUGUUGUGCCAAAUGUCUCUGUGUUCCUCCUGGCUAUUAUGGUAACAAAUCUGUGUGUCCCUGUUACAACAAUUGGAAGACCAAGCGUGGAGGACCAAAAUGCCCUUGAAAGUGAAACAAAUUAUGAUCAUUAAUUUAGUACGAUUUAAUAGUAUUAAUCAAAGAAGUGGAACUAUAGCCACAUAAUAUUUAUUUUUGCCAUAUAGCAUCUUCUACUUUUAUUUUGAAGAAAGCAAAAUAGUCAUUGAAAUUCAGGAAGAACCAUAGUUGAGAUCUUAAGAGAAGUACAUUUUAAAAUCUCAAAUCAAAACUACCAGACCAACUCAAAUGGACUCAUAGUAUCUUCGACUAAUAGGUUAUCAUCGGGACUAAAUAUAAUUGUUCUCUGUAAUGAAGUUAAUGAAAUCGUUAACUUCAAUUAAGAAAUAUGUAUGUAACCUCUCUCUUAAACAAGAGGGCUGAUUGAUUACUAAACUGGCUUUGCUAUUAUUAAUUAAUAAAUUGUCUUUGUUAUU